AUGUCCACUGCGAGAGUUCAAGUUUCGGCGUGUGCGUUUUCCGCCACCGUCAACCACCUUCGUCUCCGCCCGAACGCCGUCGUUUCCUUCACCAACCAUUUCAGGAAGAGGCCUCUGAGGGUGGUGUCAAUGUCUUCCGUUCCUCCUUCCCAACCCUUCGAAAUCGCCGUUAAAGCUUCCGUCACCACACCCAACAGGCUCGGCGACUGUCCUUUUUGCCAAAGGGUAUUACUAACACUGGAAGAAAAGCAUCUACCUUAUGACCCAAAGUUGGUGGAUUUGACCAACAAGCCAGAAUGGUUCCUUAAAAUAAAUCCUGAUGGUAAAGUUCCUGUCAUAAAGUUUGAUGAGAAGUGGGUUCCCGAUUCAGAUGUUAUCACUCAAACAUUGGAAGAGAAGUAUCCUAGCCCACCAUUGGUGACCCCACCUGAAAAGGCCACAGUGGGUUCGAAGAUCUUUUCUACAUUUAUUGGGUUUCUCAAGAGCAAGGAUCCCAAUGAUGGAACAGAACAAGCAUUACUAAAUGAACUGACCUCUUUCAAUGAUUACAUCAAGGAAAAUGGCCCUUUCAUCAACGGUAAUGAGAUAUCUGCAGCUGACCUAUCACUUGGACCAAAGCUAUUCCAUUUGGAGAUUGCUCUGGGCCAUUAUAAGAAAUGGACAGUACCUGAUUCGCUUACAUCUUUGAAGUCUUAUACGAAGGCCAUCUUCUCGAGGGAAUCGUUCAUUAAAACAAGUGCACAACCACAGGAUGUCAUUGAAGGUUGGCGUCCUAAAGUGGAAGGUUAA